AUGACUCUCCAAAGAUGCCUCUUCCAAGCUUCAAAACAAUAUUCUUCACGGCAUAUUUUAAAAGCAAAUAUAAGACAGUCAUUCUGUGAACUACGCUACAAGUACAGUUCAAACCCUGAUAAAAAGUUCUCUGAUCGACAUGAAUGGGUUCUUGUAGAAAAAGACAUAGGUACUGUAGGAAUAAGUAAAUAUGCACAAGAAUCUCUCGGAGAUGUUGUUUUUGCACAGCUCCCAGACCCUGGAAUGACUUUAAAAGCUGGUGAUGAGUGUGGUGCGCUAGAAAGUGUUAAAGCUGCAAGUGAAAUAUACUCACCAGUCAGUGGCACAGUAACAGAGAAGAAUAAGGAGGUAGAAAAGAAACCUGGUCUCAUUAAUUCUUCAUGCUACGAUAAAGGAUGGCUAUUUAAGCUUAAACUUUCUAAACCAGAGCAAUUGCAUGAUCUUAUGAAUGAAGAACAAUAUGAAACAUUUUUGAAGACUGAUGUCGAGAAAGAUCACACAUGA